AUGCACGUCCUAGGUAGGCGUCUCGCCUACUCCUCCUUGGCUGUGGGGGCAUCUGCUGCAAUCGCCAACACCUUCUUCUGCAGGCAGCACAAGAGAGGCGGCGUUCCUGUGGGUACUAGGUAUUACGUAGGCCAAACAGAAGCCUUGGAAGCGGCUGCUCAGGAGACCCCGCAAAAGACCCACCGAAGAGACUGCUUCCCCCCAACAUACCUCCCACCCUCUAGGGAAGAGAUGAUCGCCAAGAUGAAAAAAGAAAAGUUCGAUGUUUUGGUUAUUGGGGGAGGCGCAUCAGGUGUGGGUGUACUGUUUGACGCGAGCAGUCGCGGGCUGAAAAGCUGUUUGGUGGAAUCUAAUGAUUUUGCUUCGGGAACUUCAAGCAAAAGCACUAAGCUUGUCCAUGGAGGCAUUCGCUACUUGCAGAAGGCUUGCGAGACAUUUGACUGGGGACAAUUAUCUUUGGUGUGCGAGGCUCUAGAGGAGCGGGCUCAUCUACUACGCGCAGCUCCCCACAUCGCCGAACCGCUAGCAAUUUUGAUGCCUAUUUACAAGAUGUGGCAAAUUCCCUACUAUUGGUUUGGCGUUAAAGCAUACGGAUUCUUGGCAAACCUUGUCUGCUGCGGCGACACGCAAAUCCCGCCCACGUCAUACCUGUCUGCUCGCACCUCACGAUUCACUUUACCACUGCUGCCGCGUGAGGGACUGAAGGGCUCUCUCCUAUACUUCGAUGGCCAGAUGAACGAUAGUCGCAUGUGUCUCUCUCUCGCCCUCUCCCCCACUGUCCCCGGAUUUGUGGAGGGUAUGCAGCCAGCAGCAGCAGCCAACCAUGUGGCAGCAAAAGAAUUUAUCAAAAACGAAAAUGGACAGAUUAUCGGGGUGAAAGUGCAAGACCGUGAAACCGACGAAGAGUUCACGAUCCACUGCAAGGUCGUCGUGAACUGCACAGGGCCACUGACGGAUAGUGUGCGCAAGAUGGACCAUGAAGAUGCAGCCUCUCUCGUCAUUCCUGCAGCAGGGACGCACAUCGUGCUACCCCACUGGUACACUCACAAGACACCCUUUGGACUGCUGUUACCACAGACCAGCGACGGUCGCGUGUUGUUUCUUCUUCCUUGGGAGGGGCGCACUGUCGCGGGUACCACCGAUGCGCCUGCCAAUGAAACAACUGAACCCAGACCUGGAGUGAGUGAAGUGGACUUCCUGGUCAACGAACUUUCCGCCUACCUGAGGAUGGACCCCCAACAAAUGAGGGGCGACAUUCAAUCUGUGUGGGCAGGCCACCGGCCACUUAUCUCCCAGACAUCUGAAGCAAAAGACACGGCCGGAGUUGUUCGCUCUCACACGGUUCUUGUUGAUCGCGAGUCGGGCCUCAUAAGCUUGAUGGGUGGCAAGUGGACCACGUAUAGGCGCAUGGCGCAGGACGCGGUAGACACCCUUCUGGAAGUACACAAAGACAAGGUGGCAGCUUCAAUGCCGUGUCGCACAAAAGGAAUGAAAGUUCAAGGGGCAGUCGAUCCCCUGGGCACACUCCAGCCAGAAGACUGUCGCUUCUGCAGUGGAAAGCUGGAGCACGAAUUAAGCACGUCUUUCCCUUUUUUAACUUUCGAACAAAGAGAGCACCUCGUCAGACACUAUGGAUUUAUGGCCAGAGAUGUUGUUGAGCUCGCCAAAAAGGAAUCUCUAAUGGAGCCUCUGGUUGAAGGCCUGCCCUACUUGAAGGCUGAAGUUCUUUACGCUUGCCGAUACGAACAAGCCCGUUCAGUUUCCGAUAUCUUGGCCAGGCGCCUCCCCAUUCUGUUCUUAGACCACAAGUUGGGCGUCGAAGCCAUAGACACCGUCUGCAGCAUGAUGGCGAAGGAACUGGGGUGGAGCGCAGCAACGGCAAACAAGAAGAAAGAGGAAGCGAACAAAUACGCGGAAACGUUCACCGCCGCCCCGGAAGAGGAACGCCCGGAACGCCCCUAG